AGAAAGAAGGGGUGAAUGGAGGCGAGACAAAGCCUUCCGUCGGGAGCUUCCAGAGCGUUCCCUUGUUUAGGGGGUCGUCCUCCCGUCCAGAGCGGCGCCUGCGACCCGGUAACGACAGACCUCCCCAACGGGUCUCAGCGGCCGGGGCCUCGGCCCCGCCCACCGCCGCAUCGGCCCGCCCACCGAAGCCUGGUCCCUCCGCCCCGCCCCCCGCGCGCCCGGGCCCCGCGGAAUUGGGCGCCGCAGACGGGUUUCCGGAGGAGGGAAUUCGGCGUCCGACCUCCGGCCCUACGUAAUCUCCGGCGGCGACGGCGGCGCAUGGCGGCCCCAGGACAGCCGGCUCGGGAGGAGUCAGCGGCCGAGAGCCCACGCACCGCCUGCGCGCCCCGCAGCCCCCGGCCGCCUGGGUCGCUCCCCGACGCCCCGCGUCCUUCCGCCGUCAGGUCCCGGCCGGCCGGCCUCCGCCUAGGGCGCUCCGCCCGCAGCGACGCCGCCCCCGGGGCGCACCCCGAACGCCGUGGAGGCGCCGCAGCCUCCAAGAAGCAGACGAAGAAGAAGAGUCGGAAUGGGGCGUCGGUGGCGAACGGAGGCGGGCAGGUCUCUGAGGAGCCGGUCUCCGAGGAGGCGCCCGUCAGCGCCGAGGCGCAGGCGGAGCAGCUGGCCCGGGAGCUGGCGUGGUGCGUGGACCAGCUGGAGUUGGGCCUCAAGAUGCAGAGACCGAGCCCGAGGCAGAAGGAGCAGGCCGCUGGGGCCAUCCGGACCCUGCGCAGCGAAAGAACCCCCCUGCCCCGGAAGAGGCAGCUGAUGCGCUCCUUGUUUGGGGACUACAGGGCUCAGAUGGAAGCCGAGCGGCGAGAGGCCCUUCGGGUUCUCAGAACCGCAGCCCGUGCAGCGCAGGUGCAGCCUGUUGGUGAGGCCGCCAGAAAGAAGAACGGAAGGGUCUGCAGGCCUCGCCAGGCAGGGGUAGCCAAGGCCACCCUGGACACGCCUGAUGAAGAGUUUAGGUUCAAUUUUUUUUAGCCGGUGUUCCAUCCCAGAACAGUUCCCCUGCCCACAUAGUGUGGGGUUUGUCUGGAGUACAGAGCCUUUCCAGGAAUGCUCUGUCGGUCGUGGGGUUGGUCUGUCCAUGGCUGGUCAGUGGGAUCUGGUGCCCUGGCUGUGGGACAGAGGUGAGGCCAGCCUGUCGGGUACUGUCAGGUAAGCACAACAGCCAUUUGUAGGUUUUCAGAGGAAAUGUCCUUCCUGCCAGAGGAAGGAGGUCCGUUUAGAAAAGCUUCUACAGUAACCUGAAGUGAGUGUUUAGCACGUUGUAGAAUGUUUUCUCAGUGUGUAGGUUGAGAUUAAGCAGCUGUUUGUAGUGAGGAGUGUGGGGGAAGCUAUGUAACUGUAUCGUGGUGCUUACUUCAAAUGGUGUAGUGCUUUAUGUCAUAGUGUCACGUUGCACCAAUAAAACUAUUUUUUGUAAAA